UCGGCGUCUUCCGGGGAGCCGGCGGCGGCGGCAUGGAGGACGAGGCGGAGCGGACGCCGCUGCUGGGCGCGCGGCGGGCGGCGGCGGCCGGGGCGUUCGCGGGGCGGCGCGCGGCGUGCGGGGCCGUGCUGCUGGCCGAGCUGCUGGAGCGCGCCGCCUUCUACGGGGUCACGGCCAACCUGGUGCUGUUCCUCAACGGGACGCCGUUCGACUGGGAGGGCGCGCAGGCCAGCCAGGCGCUGCUGCUCUUCAUGGGCCUCACCUACCUGGGCUCGCCCUUCGGCGGCUGGCUGGCGGACGCGCGGCUCGGCCGGGCGCGCGCCAUCCUGCUCAGCCUGGCGCUCUACCUGCUGGGCAUGCUGGUCUUCCCGCUGCUGGCCGCGCCGGCCACGCGCGGCGCGCUCUGCGGGGCCCCGCGCCCCGCGCUCCUGCGCAACUGCUCUGCGCCCGGGACCCACGGCCGCGGGGCCGCCUGCGCCGACGCCGCCACGCGCCGCUGCGCGCCCGCCACCUUCGCGGGGCUGGCGCUUGUGGGCCUGGGCGUGGCCACGGUCAAAGCCAACAUCACGCCGUUCGGCGCCGACCAGGUCAAGGACCGAGGCCCGGAAGCCACGCGGAGGUUUUUUAACUGGUUCUACUGGAGCAUCAACCUGGGUGCGAUCAUUUCUCUGGGUGGCUUUGCCUACAUCCAGCAGAACGUCAGCUUCGUGGCAGGCUACGUGAUCCCCACGGUCUGCGUGGGCGUGGCCCUCGUGGUCUUCCUGUGCGGCCAGAGCGUCUUCGUCACCAAGCCGCCUGACGGCAGCGCCUUCACGGACAUGGUCAAGAUCCUCACCUACUCCUGCUGCUCCCGGACGUGGCGGCCAGAACGCCCGGGCAGCCGUGAAGGCAGUGGAGUCUUUCAACAAUCUUCUAAACAAAGUCUGUUUGAUUCAUGUAAGAUGUGCCACGGAGGGCCGUUCACGGAAGACACCGUGGAAGACGUCAAGGCUCUGGUCAAGACCGUGCCUGUCUUCUUGGCUCUGAUUCCUUACUGGACAGUGUACUUCCAAAUGCAGACGACCUAUGUCCUGCAGAGCCUUCACUUGAGGAUUCCAGAAAUUCCCAGCAUCACCACUGCCCACCACACGUUCCCGGCGGCCUGGCUCACCAUGUUUGAUGCCCUGCUCAUCUUGCUGCUCAUCCCACUGAAGGACCGGCUGGUGGACCCGGUGCUGCGCAGGCACGGCCUGCUGCCCUCCUCCCUCAAGAGGAUCGCUGUGGGCAUGUUCUUUGUCAUGUGCUCCGCCUUCGCUGCUGGGAUUCUAGAAAGUAAGAGACUGGAGCUGGUCAGGGAGAGAACCAUCAACCAGACCAUCGGCAACGUGGUGUACCACGCGGCGGACCUGCCCAUCUGGUGGCAGGUGCCCCAGUACGUGCUCAUUGGGGUCAGCGAAAUCUUCGCCAGCAUAGCAGGGCUCGAGUUCGCCUACUCGGCCGCCCCCAAGUCCAUGCAGAGCGCCAUCAUGGGCCUCUUCUUCUUCUUCUCUGGCGUGGGCUCCUUCGUGGGCUCAGGGCUGCUGGCGCUUGUGUCCAUCAAGGCCAUCGGGUGGAUGAGCAGCCACACGGACUUUGGCAACAUCAACGGCUGCCACUUGAACUACUACUUCUUCCUGCUGGCCGCCGUCCAGGGCGCCACCCUGCUGCUCUUCCUCGUCGUGUCUGUGAGGUACGACCGCCAGCGAGCCAGGGCCAACGGCGUGGCUGCCAGCGCCAGGGCCUGACGCCACCUCCGGACCGUGGCUGUGCAGGGACGGACUGGGGAUGUCCUGACAAGCCGGCAGGCCUCUGCCUGCACCCGUGGGGGACGCGCCUCAGCCCCAGGCUCCCGGGGGGCUGUGUGUGGCCGAGCCUGUGGCCAUGAUUCUGCUGCCCAAGCCCCGAUGGAGACCGCACGGCCUGAGAGCGCCCUGUGUCUUCCAGUCUCUGCUUGCGGUGAGCAUUCGUGGUCAUGGAGGCGGAGCACUGUGGGGUCAACACUGCCAGGAGCUCCCACAGGCGUACCCACAGUUCCCAUGCCAGCCACACACCUGGCAUCGCAGGU